AAAAAUGCAUGAUCUUCAAGAACAUGAAUUUGGUGAAAUCAAGAAAUCAAUUGCUUUAAAUUCACAACAAAUUCAAGAAAUUUUACAACACUCUAGAAUUGAUUAUAACAAUUCAGUAAAUCUAUUAUAUUGUAUUUUUAUACAUUUAUCAAUUCUUCUUGUAAUGCAUAAUGGUGAACACUAUCAACUUAAGAUUGAUCAGUUUAAAAUUGAUAAGCAUAAUGGUGAUUGGUAUAAAAAGAAUCAUGUAGGAAAAAAUAAAUUAAUAAAUUUCAUGCAUGAAAUUAAAUGUAUAACACAGAUCAAUAUCUCUAUAGAGUUACUUACAAACUAUUCUGGACAAAAAACUGCUGCUCAAUGUUUACAAGAUAAUGAUAUUUCAGAACAGGCAAUUAUGCAACUCACAGGACAUAGGAGCAUUUAA